AUGGGUUUCUUGAGAAUUCGUCUGCACAGGCGCUACUCGUCCCUUCGGAAUAGUUCCACCUAUCACGGAUUAAGCGAUGUGAAGAGAUUAGAACAAAAAUGGCUACCUGUUAUCCGGAAGGUUGAUUUCGAAAAUUCAAGUGACAAAGCUGUGAGUAAACAAAAGUCCUUCGUGUUGUCAAUGUUCCCUUAUCCAUCUGGAAGUUUGCACAUGGGACACUUACGAGUUUAUACUGUUUCAGAUGUUUUAACCCGCUAUAAAACAAUGUCUGGUGAGUUGACGAUUUGUCCAAUGGGUUGGGAUUCAUUCGGUCUGCCUGCAGAGAAUGCUGCUAUUGAUCGUAGCGAAAACCCAUUGAAUUGGACCCGAAAAAACAUACUUACAAUGAAACAACAAAUAAAUGAAACCAUGUCUUUGGCUGUUGAUUGGUCAAGAGAAUUAAGCACUUGUGAUCCUAAUUAUUAUAAAUGGACACAAUGGCUUUUUCUUAAAUUAUAUCAAUCGGGCAUGGCUUAUCAUCGUCCAGCCUAUGUCAAUUGGGAUCCUAUUGAUCAGACUGUCUUAGCAGAUGAACUUAUUGACAGUCAAGGAUGUUCAUGGCGUUCUGGUGCUAAAGUAGAACGACGUCCUUUACGUCAAUGGUUUUUCCGAACAACUGCUUAUUCUGAGUCUCUUUUAGAUGGUUUAAAAGAUAUUGAGAAUAAUCAGUGGCGUGAUGUCAUCCAGUUGCAACGUGGUUGGCUUGGUCAUUUGAAUGGUACUCAAAUGGAGUUCAAUAUUUAUGCAUCUACCGAACACCAUGAAAUUAAUCCACAACAAUCAUUUCUGGAUUGUGGACAUUUAAAGAAUAUCGUACCUCAAAAUGAACGACUAGUUGUAUUUACAAAAUAUCCGAGUCUAGCAGUUGCUGAUUUAAUCAGUCAUGUAAAAGUUGGACCGGAUAGUGUUUAUUUUUCAGAUAUCUAUCGAAAGCCUGAGCAUAAACGUGAUUUAAACUUUAGUCGAAAGUUAAUCUUAUACUCAGACUGGAAUAAUUCAUGUCAUAAUGAUAGUAAUAAUAAAUUAUCUAUUACAUCAUUUACAUCUGUAUCACCUUGGCCGGAAAUUUUAAACAUAUUUAUUCGUCAUCCAUUUACCGGACGUUCUAUUCCAAUAAUUCGUGAAAAUAUUCCAUUAUCUAAACUUCCUAGAGCUUAUCCAAAUGAAUUAGUCUUUUCUAUAAAUGGUCAAACAUCUGACUUCUUAUCAGAAUCAUUAGAUAUACCUUUACCACCAGGAAAAUUAAUUUCUCCAGGAAAAGAUUUAUUAAAUUUAGAUGAAUCUAAUGUUAUCAAUAAUGAGGAGGAUUUGAAAUGUUGUAUAUUAUCCACUCCAAUCUUUGAACUUCAUGGGAAAACAGUUGGUGAAUCUAUGGAUAAAGCUAUGCAAAUCUUAAAGGUUAGUGGACGUGGUGGUUAUCGAUGUAAUGAUAUGCGUACUGAUUGGUUAAUCUCUAGACAACGUUAUUGGGGCACUCCUAUACCAAUUAUACAUUGUGAUUCAUGUGGGGCAGUACCAGUACCAGAAAACCAACUCCCUGUACUUCUACCUCCACUAGAAAGUUCAUUGAAACGAGGUGAUGAGCCCUUAAAGCAUAAUGAAUCCUGGCGUAAAACAACUUGUCCUAAAUGUGGUAAUCCAGCGAACCGUGAAACUGAUACACUAGAUACAUUUGUUGAUUCAUCAUGGUAUUAUUUGCGAUAUUUGGACCCGCAGAAUAAUUCAUCGAUUUGUGAUAGAAGUAAAGCAGCUAAUAGUUUACCUGUUGACGUUUACAUUGGAGGUAUGGAGCAUGCUGUUCGUCAUCUGUACUAUGCUCGUUUUAUUGCACAUUUCCUUCAUGAUAUAAAUGUACUACCGUGUAGAGAACCAUUUAAACGUUUCCUCCCUGUUGGUUUAGUAUUGGGUCAAACGUAUAUUGAUCCAAAGUCUGGUCGUUUUAUACCAACACGAUGUGUUGAUAAAAGAUAUUUAUCUGAGAAAGAAAUUGAAUAUUAUGAAAUUGAAACUAAUCAACCAGUUCAAAUGUAUUGGGAUAAAAUGAGCAAAUCCAAAUUAAAUGGAAUUGAUCCAACUGAUGUCGUUGAAAAAUAUGGUAUGGAUACAAUAAGAAUUACAAUGUUGACAAAUGUUGGACCACAUCGAUCAAGAAAAUGGUCUGAACAAGACGUACUUCAAGGUGUUAAUAAUUGGUUAAAUAAAAUGAAUCGACUAGUUGAACAACUUAUUGAAUAUUCUAAUACUUUACAACAUUCUAAUGUAUCAUGGGAGUUAAAAUGUGAUAUGGAUGAUCCAUUAUUAAUUCAUACAUCAUAUUCUUUAAAAUAUCAUCAAUCCAUUAUAAAGCGGGUUAAUGAAUAUUAUGACGAUACAUUUGUAAUUAGUUCUGUUAUUGCUCGACUUCAAGAGAUGACUGAAAUGCUCCGAAAAUCUUCCAUACAUGUUGGUGGUCCAGGACCUUCAAGUUUCUUGUAUCUACGUGCAUUAGCUGAUCUUAUAGUAAUGCUUACACCUAUUGCACCAAUUUAUGCAUCUGAAUUAUGGUCUGGUGUUCAGUUGGCCUGUUUAACUUCAAAACAUUCAAAUUUAUAUGAAGUCCUUUCUGUUUAUUCGAAUAGAACAGUGAUGAGAACCAAUGAAAACAAGAAUUAUCAUUAUAGUCAUUGGCCUUAUGAUUUGACAAAAUAUGUACUUGAACAACCAUUCCCUAAAUGUUUAUAUUCUACUGAAAUACCAGAAUUAAUUGUAGAACAAUAUGAAACAAGCAACACUACUGCUACUACUACUUCUACUCCUCUUCCAAAGUGA